AUGUUCUGUCAUCUCGUCAAGCAGGGAGGUCACAAGCACAUUCGUGCCCUGGGCCCACUUUCGAGUGGGUCUCUUCGUACAUUUUGCACCUCAUAUUCGACGAGUGCAAAAGAGAGGGUGGUCAUUCUGGGUUCGGGUUGGGGUGGCUUUAACGUCCUCAAACGGAUCGACAAGCAGAAAUAUGAUGUCGCCAUGAUUAGUCCGAGCUCGUAUUUCAACAUGACGCCCUUGCUUGCUGAGACCGCCGUCGGAACUCUCGAGUUUAGGGCUGCAAUCGAGUCUCUGCGAAAUUAUUCUCCAGCAGCUACUAUACAUGAAGCUUGGGCUGACAAAAUCGACCUGGAGAAUAAGAUCGUGCAUUGUACACCAAGCACACCUCCCUACGGUGUUGUCCUCUCUCGACACUCACUCACCUCCCCUAAUGCCUCAGCCCCUGGUGCGCCGACCGCACCCCAAGGUCAAAACCCUUCUUAUGGAACACCAUACCAAGUUCGAUACGACAAACUGGUCAUUGCUGUUGGGGCAUACAGUCAAACGUUUAAUAUCCCUGGUGUCAAGGAAUAUGUACAUUUCUUAAAGAAUGUCCGUGAUGCUCGGGCUAUACGGAUGCGGAUCCUUGAAUGUUUCACACAAGCUUCACAGCCCAACUGCACAGAAGCGGAAAAGCAGAAGCUAAUGAACUUCGUCAUUGUUGGAGGUGGCCCGACUGGUGUUGAGUUCGCCGCGGAACUCCACGAUCUGUGCCAAACGGACAUGAGGGCUCAUUUCCCUCAACUCAUCUCGUACGUCAGGAUCACAGUGUAUGAGACAAGUGAUAAAAUUUUGGGAACGUUCGACGAGUCAUUGUCGAGAUAUGCAACAGAGAAGUUCAAGUCAGACGGAAUCGAGGUAAAGAGCAAGCAUGGGGUGGAGGAAGUGAAGCCUGUAGUACCGUUCGGUUUAUGCGUGUGGAGCACCGGGCUGGCAGCCAAUCCGCUUAUAUCGUCCCUCACUGAGCUUAGGAAAGACAAACGCACUGGAUCGCUGAUAACUGAUAAGAAGUUGCGUGUUGUGGAUGACAAAACGGGAAAAUCACUCGCACAUGUGUGGGCCAUUGGAGAUGCGAGUGUAAUCGAGGACGACCCAUUGCCCGCUACAGCUCAAGUUGCAAGUCAGAAAGCCAUGUACCUCGUCAAGUGCUUGAAUAAGGGCAAACAAGCAGAUGGUUUCAAGUUCCAUUUUCGAGGAAGUUUGGCAUAUGUUGGAGACUGGAAAGCGGUUUACGAUCGAAGUACCGCUGAAUCGGGACCUCAAACUAAAGCCAAAGGACGAAUAGCAUGGUUACUAUGGCGAUCCGCCUACUUCUCUAUGGCCAUGAGCCCUCGAAACAUGCUUAACAUCCCUUGGUAUUGGUUUACAAAUUGGAUCUUUGGACGAGAUCUUGCUCGCUUCUAA